CCCACUCAUGGCUGUGGUCUUCCGGUUGUCCGGUCAUCUAAGGCUUUAAUCAUCUAAGGCUCACACACCGGUCAGUCGUGCUCCCUCCCACUCGUGUUUGCGGGCCGCGCGCUCCGAGGAGGAAUGUGGGCCGGGGCCGCGGGGCUGAGGGGCUCCUGCGCGCGGCUGCAGGCCCUGCGGGGCGGCCAUGCGGCCGCGCUCCUUCCCAGCCGCUCGCAGGCCCUGCACACCUCGGUCGCUUCCUGCGGCAGCAGGAACUUGCUCAAGAAAUUUGCCUCGAAAACCAGAAAGAAGUUUUGGUAUGAAAGUCCAUCCCUGGGGUCUCACAUGACUCACAAGCCAUCCAAGUUUGAGUUCCUCACAAAGAGCACCUUAAAGAAGGCCAAGAAGGAAGACACUGUCCGCCUGAAAGCCAUCAAUGGCCUUCUCUACAAAGCACUGACGGAAUUGCUGUGCACUCCUGAAGUGAGCCAGGAGGUCUACGAACUGAAUGUGGAGCUCUCCAAGGUCUCUGUGACUUCAGACUUCUCCGCCUGCCGAGUGUACUGGAAGAUAGGUGUCUCUGCAGACCGGAACAGGCACACGGAGGCCAUCCUGCAGAGGAGCGCUGCCUACAUCAGGCACCUUCUGAUGUCUCAGCAGAUCCUGAGAAAUGUUCCACCCCUAGUGUUCAUUCAAGACAAAAAAGACAUCAUUCUGGCUGAGGUAGAUCGGUUACUGGCGGUGGCCGACUUUGGACCCCUGGAUGAAAAGGAUGACUUGCCACAAGAUGGUCUGAGGAACCCUGAUGCCCUGCCAUCACAUGACGCCCUAGAACCAGCCGCACCCCCAAAUCUGUGUGGGAUCGACCACGAGGCACUGAAUAAGCAGAUAAUGGAGUACAAACGCAAGAAGGAGAAAGGACUCCCCUGUAUGAGCCUGGCACCGCCAUCAGGGCGGGAGCAGGCGCCUGACCUGACUCAUUUGCUGAGAAGGAGAAAGAAGCCACCAUCCCGCCGGCACCAGGACUCUUCCCCCAGAAGCUUCCUUUUGGGUGAGGAGGAUGAGGACGAGGAGGACAGCACCACAGAGUAUGAGUGCCAAGCCCAGGGGGCAGAAGAGGAGUGGGAAGCGGAGGCUAGAGGGGACGGCCUGCAGCAGGGGCUCUGUGACAGAAGAGAACAGGGCUAGGGGUGAGGCCUCAGUGCUGCCUGCCCGCCUGUGGGCCAGCCUGCAGCGUGUGGUCUGCACUUGAGAGACGGCUGAUGAGACGGAGCUCUGGUGGAGGCCAUCCUUAGCCGCUUGUCAUUCAGCUACUUGUACAAUUUCCUGUCCUAACUCACUGGCUUUUCUUCAACAUUCACGUGUAACUGAAAAAUAAAUGACAUCCCCGAGAGACUCACAGACGUGAUACAUCUUCCCUCACAGCUGCCGGCACAGACAGCCUGGCCUCAGCGGCAGGAGAGUUAUACACAGAACCGUAGGCCUCCAUCUGCAGAUCUCCACAGCCAGUUAACGGUGCCUGGCCCCUGGUCCCCGGAUGACUUCUUUUUUAAUAAAAUAUUUUGUGUGUA